AUGGCUAUCAUUUUAACACUGACAAUGCUAUUCAUAGCAUAUUCACAAAAAAAGACAACAAUUUGUGAUAUUGAAUAAUAUUAUGAUUUUGAACAAAAUGAAAAUAUAGUUGAUCAUACAAGAAUAAAUUAGACUGAUAUUAUGCUUACAAAUUCUAAUAUUUAUAUAUUAGAUGAAAACUUGUAAGUAUUGAAUUCAAUUGAAACCCCAGAAAUUUCAGAUUAUAUAUGUAAUAAAAUAAUUACUCAUCCACUUCAUUUAAUAUUGUUAUUAGCUUGUUAAUCUCAAUAAAAAGGUAUAAAUCCUAUCAUGUUUGCAUAUAAAGCAAAUGGACUUAAUCAAUAUGAAUUAUUUGGAGAAGCUGUUCAAAUGUAAUAAGUGAAAGAAAACUUUGAAAAAAUGAUAAUUGUAGGUAAUAGUUUGCUGAUUCCUCAAAGUGAUAAAAUACUUACUUUAACUACAGUUAUUUCAAAUAAUUCAUGGUAUUUAAAAACUACUUCAUAUACAUUGGAUGCAUAAUUCCUUAAUGUAUCUAAUCUAAAUAUCACAAAUUUUGAUAUAUAUUCAUAUGUCAAAGAUUUUCAAACAAAUUAUAGAAUUUUAAUUUCAGAUUAUGAAAAUGGAGUAUAUUGGAUUGAAGCUAUUUCAAAAUCAAACAAUAUUGUACCAUAUAAUAGUGGAAGAUUCAAUAUUAGAAGUUUUUAUAUUCCAAAUACUGCUAGAUUUAGAUCAGCUGUAAUUUUAAAUGCUACUAAUAGCAAUACACUUUUUAUUUUAUAGACAUAUGUUGAUAGUAGUUUUCUUUUUGAAUAUUCAUUUACAAGUAGUUAACUAUUUUUCUAUUCUACAUUAAACAAGUAUAAAGAUUGGAAUGCAUUUUCAUAAAUUAGAAAUAAUAAAAAUGCUAUAUUAAUACCAUAUCAAAAUUAUUAAAAGGUUGUUGUAAUUAAUUUAUUCAAUUUAAAAUCAUUGAAAUAAAAUUAAUUGACGGUUGAACCUAAUGAUUUAUUAAUUUCAGCUUCAAUUGAUAACUUAAUCUUAUACUUCAUUUCUGAAAAUCGACUUGUCUUUAGAAGUGAUGUGGAUGCUUUGACAAGAUGUACUUUAAUGAAUUACUAAGAAGUGUGA